AUGAAGAGCCUUCUGCCUCUGUGUUUGCUUUUUAUAACAUUUUCCUCUGCAUUUCCUGCAGAUCGAGAGGCUGAAAAUGAGGAAAACAUGCACCGGGCUCAGGCAUAUCUCAACCAGUUCUACUCUCUUGAAAUAGAAGGGAGUCAUCUUGUUCAAAGCAAGAACAGGAGUCUCCUAGAUGGCAAAAUUCGAGAAAUGCAAGCGUUUUUUGGAUUGACAGUGACUGGAAAGCUGGACUCACGCACUCUUGAGAUCAUGAAGACACCCAGGUGUGGGGUGCCCGAUGUGGGUCAGUAUGGCUACACUCUUCCUGGAUGGAGAAACCACAACCUCACAUACAGAAUAAUGAACUACACUCCAGAUAUGGAAAAAGUUGAUGUGGAUGAGGCCAUCCAAAAGGCUUUAGAGGUAUGGAGCAAGGUUACUCCGCUAACAUUCACCAGGAUAUCCAAGGGGAUUGCAGACAUCAUGAUUGCCUUUAGGAGAAGAGUGCACGGUCGGUGUCCUCGCUAUUUUGAUGGCCCCUUGGGAGUUCUUGGCCAUGCCUUUCCACCUGGCCUGGGCCUGGGUGGCGACACUCACUUUGAUGAGGAUGAAAACUGGACAACCAAGGACACAUCAGGGUUCAACUUGUUUCUCGUGGCUGCUCAUGAAUUUGGUCACUCCUUGGGGCUCUCUCACUCCAAUGAUCAAACAGCCUUGAUGUUCCCGAAUUAUGUCUCCAUGGAUCCCAGCAAAUACCCACUGUCUCAGGAUGAUAUCAACGGAAUUCAAUCCAUCUAUGGAGGUCUACCUAAGGCACCUGCCAAACCACGGAGGCCCAUGGUACCUCAUGCCUGUGACCCUGGCUUGACUUUUGAUGCUAUCACCACCUUCCGCAGAGAAGUAAUGUUCUUUAAAGGCAGGCACUUAUGGAGGAUCUAUUACGAUAUCGCCAAUGUUGAGUUUGAAUUAAUUGCUUCUUUUUGGCCAUCACUACCAGCUGAUCUUCAAGCUGCAUAUGAGAACCCCAAAGAUAAGAUUCUGGUUUUUAAAGAUAAAAACUUCUGGGCAAUCAGAGGGUAUGCUGUCUUGCCAGAUUAUCCCAAGUCCAUUCAUACACUUGGCUUUCCAAGACAUGUGAAGAAAAUUGAUGCAGCUGUCUGUGACCAAAGCACCAAAAAAACCUACUUCUUUGUGGGCAUUUGGUGCUGGAGGUAUGAUGAGAUGACCCAAACCAUGGACAGAGGGUACCCACAGAGAGUGGUAAAACACUUUCCAGGAAUUGGUCUCCGUAUUGGUGCUGCUUUCCAGCGUAAUGGGUUCUUCUAUUUCUUCCGUGGAUCAAAGCAAUUUGAAUAUGACAUUAAAGCAAAGAACAUAACCCGAAUAAUGAGACCCGAUACUUGGUUCAAGUGCAAAGAACCAUUAGACUCAUCAUUUGAUAUUAGUAUCAAGGAGCAGGCGCAUUCAGGAGGAGUAAAGAUAUCAUAUGAUAAAAGAUUAAGCUUGCUUAUUUUCAUUAUUGUUCAUCUGCUGAGAAAAAUAUAUAAUUAUUGAUAAAUUCAUAUACUUCAAAUAAACCCCAAGAAAUCUCUUAAUCAGAAUCAUGCUUAAAUGGAGAAUAGAAUCAUUAACAUCAAGUUACCAAUCCCAGUUCUAAAUGCUUAUUGGUUUGAGAUCCAACAAACAUCUUGAGCUACCUGAUUCUUUUAAGAGGACGUUAUUAGGUAAAACAAAAUUUCUGACUCUACUUCAGUGUAUUUUAUGCUUUGUGGAUGUGAAAAAGUAAGAUGUUUUUUAUAACUAAAUACUAAAGACAUUUAUUAAACCAU